CACACACCACCUCAGCAGCACAUACCUGAGGGACUGCUCUCAAAAUUGUUCACACCGCCCCUGCCGAAACGAAAUGGUUUCAGUUCUGCCCUGGAUAGUCAUGCUGGUAGCACAGGCUGCGUCGGUGCCCGCUUGGCCACCCUUUCACUCGUCACGGCCGAAUAACAUCCCACCACCUCUGCACCAUGUCAACCUGCCACCUGCUCUGCCCCCGCUGCCCCCACAACUUGAUCCGAUCGACAAAUGUCUCUUCACUUGCGACCACUGCUACAAACAUCCACAAGCCCUGAUUGCCUGUGCCAACGAGUGCAUCCUCCAGGCUGGCGAGGCUCCUUCGAUGGGCAAGGCGUGGCUGCAGACGUGUCCGCAAUUUUUGAUGCCAAUUUACUUUGACUACCAGCCCGUCGACACUCGCUAGGCAAACCGUUUUUGUUUACAAAAUAAAAUGUGUGCUAAAUAAACUAUACUGUCUGUGCUCACUAUAAGCGGAAUAAAAUUUCUUUAGUUUGGAUCAAUAAUCAGAAGAUGAUUUCCUCAGAAUUUUUCUUUUAUUCCG